CCAGGACACAGCACUACACUACACCAGCACUUUAAAAUUGCGGGCCAAGCUUUUGAGGCACAGAGAUGACCCAACUUGGAUAUAUUGCCAUUCUGGUAUUAUGGGCGUGCUCCACUGCAUUAGCUGUUUCAUGUGGUAACAUAGAAAAUGGGAGGGUAAAGCCAGGUUCCUUCUUCCACAGAAGAAAAAGAACAUUUGAAUGUAAUGCCGGGUAUAUAGCAGAAAAUGACAACAACAGAAUUGAGUGUACUUCUUCAGGAUGGUCUCCUGUACCCAGAUGCAUUCCAAUACAAUGCGGAAGGAUAGAAAAUGGGAAAAUAGUGGACAAAGUUGAAGAAAAAACAACCUUUCAAUGUAAUCAUGGAUAUAAAUCUGAAAAUGGAAUUAAUGAAACUACCUGUACCUCUGAAGGCUGGUCUCCAGUACCUACAUGUACUGUUCAAGUGUGUCCACAUCCACCUGACAUCGAUUUGGCAGAAAUUGUCAGUGGGGAGAAAGCAGAAUAUCAGGAGGGUGAUGUUGUUCACUACAGGUGCUACCCAGGAUACACUCUGGCGGGACCUGAAAGGAUAACGUGCAGUGGAGAAAAAUGGACACCUCCUCCAAAGUGCUUGGCUCCAUGUAUUAUCACAAGGCAACAACUGGAAACAAAAAAAUUGCUUCUGUCCAAUGGCCGAAGACGUACAGUAUUGAUUCAAAGUGACCAAACAAUGGAAUUUCUUUGUGGUGAACAUUCUGACCUUAAAAUCCCCUACCUCAUCAAGUGUGUAGAUGGACACAUGGAUUUACCAACUUGUAUAUCUGGAACUGGGGAAAAGUGUGGCCGUCCACCUACUAUUGAGAACGGAGACAUAACUACUUUCUCGCUAAAUGAGUAUGCAUUUGGCUCUUCUGUAGAAUACAGAUGCCAGCAUUAUUAUAUAAUAGAAGGAGAAAGGAAAUCAUACUGUUACAAUGGAAUCUGGACAAAUGAACCAGUUUGUUUAGAGCCAUGUGUUAUCACACAAGAAGAUAUGAGAUCACACAACAUAGAUCUGAAGUGGGCUUCAGCUCAAAAACUCUAUGUGUCACAUGGAGAUUUUGUAGAGUUUAAGUGUAGAUCCAGUUUAUUGCCGAACUCUUCAAAUAAUUAUAGAGUGCAGUGCAAUGUGGGCCAAAUACCUUAUCCCCAAUGCACUUAGAGAUGGGUGAAUGUAGGAGACUUCACCACAUGUGAAUGGCAAGUACUCUUUAUUAUUAUGCUUCUCAGUGGUCCCUCUGAAACAGAUCCCCAGGGUUUUAUCAUUCAAACUAGAACUACACCCAGAUAGCAGUCACUCCAGGAAUUGUAUAAUAGCAACAACUAAUUCAUGUUAACCAAUGCUAUAGCAACACUGUUGGGUGUGCACCUUUUUAGGAGUAAUGCCUCCAGAAAUAAUCAGCCAAGAUGGUAGAAGACAUAAGCAAUCCUCACAGAGAUCAAACAAAAGAAUAUAAAAUUCCAGAGGCCUUUUAGAAUGAAAAUUGGGGUUUGUGCUCUUUCUUGCUUCUUUAUGUUGGCUAAUGGCAGCCUAAAAGGUGGGAUUUUUUCUCCCCAUCCUUGCGUAUUGCACUAGAAAUUGAGACCUAGUUUAGAAUGAAAGACUAAGAUGACUGGAGAAUGAGCGUAAUUGUGACAUCACAAGAAUAAAGAGUGAAAAUUAAGCAAAUAGGACAGGAUGUGAUUUUUAGUCAGAUAGUUAAAAACAAAACACAAAGAAUUACAGUUUAAUUUCAGUUACCAAGAUCUCAUGCCCCUACAAUUAAGUAUGUUAGAGUGUACAAUAAACAUGCUCUGAGACCUCGCAGUGGUCCUCCGGCUAAACCAGGGAAGUCCAUAUGCCUGGUAUUUCUAAAGUAGAAAAAAAAGCUAUUCAAAAACUUUGUAAACAAGAAGAGUCCUUUCAGGCCUUCUUGCUACUUUAUAAAGAAACAAAAGGGGGCAUAACCUAAUUUUUUUUUAAAUUGCAGGUCACCUUUAAAGAACAUGCUUUCUGUCCUCUCAUACAUUCACUGGUAUCUUCUGAACCCUGCUUAGUUUCCAACAGUGAUCUCCCAUAUUCCUCAGGAGGAAUGAUGGCCAUUCUGAAAUGGACCCCCUCCCCAAUUUUAUCAAACAUUACCCACUUCUGUUGCUUGAGGCAGAUUCUCACUUCACCAGAAUUAUAUAAAACCCAUUCAUACUGCCACUGGCCCAUCCACUUCAGGCUUCAUAUGCUACAUACACCAAACCUGGCAAGCAAGGAAGCAAACAAACCUUACAUGAGAGAAUGCAUUAAGCAGCUGUCCAAAUGGUCAGAGUAUCCUAGCUGCCAAAUAUACACUGAAUUCACACUUACCUAUGCCUUCCCAGUCAAGAAGCACAAAUAGACCAAAAUUGUCUCAUCAUACCUAUAUUGUGGUACCUAGUGGCUCAGGAAAUGAUUCUUCUCUCUAAGAAUAGAGCUUUAACAGAGUGAACAAUAACUAGAGGACACAUCUUGUAGACAUUACUAAAGCUGUGUUGUCACUCUCAUGACAUUUUACGUUCUUAAAGCCCCAGCUCAAAUGAUAGAUGAGAAUCUCAACCUUCAGAUCCAAAGCUGAAUGUCCCUGGAGUUUAGAUAUGAGGUUUUAGGCUUACGCUAAUCUCUACCGAAAACAAACGGUUACAGGAUGUACAGCAAAUUCACAACUGUGAAGUGUACACUGCUUGAUAAAUCACAAACUCAAUUAUUAGAAAUGGCUAUCACCUCUUUUAUUCAGGUCCUACUAUUGUUUCCUACAUUAUUAUAUUAAUGAACAGUAAUCAUUUUAUAUAUCUGUUAAUAACCUAUACAAUAUGGUGGGGAGGAAAGACUGGAAUAUGACAUAUGUUUGAGGACAACUCCAAAUACAUUGCAUUCAAUUAAAUGAUUUUCUCUCUCUGCUGUAUUUCCUUCAUUACCAUUUCUCACUUUACAAAGCAAUGCCUUGAUCUCAUCUGAAAAAAGGUUAGUAGAAUAGGGCAUAUUGUCUAUCAGCUUUUUUUUUUACAUUAAUUUUUUCAUAAAAAAUAUAUACUUCUCCCCAAAAAUGGAUUUUUCUUUAGAAAAACUGAAUUUUUUGGCUGAAAACCUGUUUUUGACAAUGUUGAAAUUUUCUCAUAGAACCCACGUGUUGCUCACUGUUUUUCCCAUCAACUCCAUACUUCAGGUGCCAUAAUCUCUUUUGAUAACCUAUGCUUUCCUUUAUAACUACAGCACUCAGAAAAGUGGUGCUGCAAUACUGGACAGUUCUUAUUAAGGAGAUCACUUACAGAAAAGUCUCAGCAACAAUUGCAGAAAGCUAGGAUUUGGGGGAGGAUAAGAUAACAGAGGGAAGGCCACGGGAGCUUCUAUAAAGUAUUUUUAAACAUUUUUAUUCUAACACAUUUAAUGGAUUUGUGGCAAAAAUUCUAAUUUCUUCAGAUUUCCCCCAAAUCUUAAGUGUUGGGUUCAAACCCCAGCUACAUGAUCUCCAUGA